GGAAAGAUGUCGGGGCUGGAGACGACUUUCCGUAAAUAUGCCAUGUAUGGAGACACAGCCGCCACCGGCAACGACAUGACAGGCAAGAACUUCUCCAAGAUGUUGAAGGAGUGUGGUGUGAUGGACGGGAAGUGUGUGACCAGCACCGACGUGGACAUCGUCUUCAACAAAGUCAAGAGCAAGAGUGCUCGUAACAUUACAUUUGCAGAGUUCCAGGAAGCCAUCAAGGAGCUGAGUGCCAAACGCUUCAAGGGAAAGUCUCCAGAGGAGGCUUUGGAGGCAACGCACCAUCUGAUGGAGGGCAAGGAGCCGGGCAGCUCGGGAGUGACGAAAACUGUUGCAGCCGGCGCGGUGGACAGGCUGACCGACACCAGCAAGUACACCGGCUCUCACAAGGAACGUUUCGACGAAAGUGGGAAAGGCAAGGGGAUUGCCGGGCGUGCCGACAUGCAUGAAAACACCGGCUAUGUCGGGAACUACAAGGGGGCCAGCACCUAUGACAAGACCCACUAG